UAAAAAAAAACCAGUUGACGCUGUUUACCGCUUGGGGGCGUCGUGUUCGUUAAAAAAAUGUUAGUAGGAAUCUGUCGAAAAUGAAGAAUUCAGUUUUGCUAAUAGUUAGAACUUUAGUUAUGCUGUAGGCAAAUAUUUUAUCAUGGUGUUUUAUUAGCUAGGUAGUGAAAUAUAUAAUUUCGAAGGGGCAGGCGGUGAUUCCGGUGCGUAAAGUCAUAAGACUUGUGUCAUCUGACUGCACUUCCUUUAAGAUGGCUCCUCCGCCGGAGUAUGAUAAGGAACCAAAAGCCCCGGAUAAAAGUGCGACUAAUAUUCCCAGUGAAGAUUCAAAAGCAUUGUACAAUCUAGUUAAUGAACAUCAAACCAAUUCGGACUCUAAAUCUACGAAUACAUCUGCCAACGCCGAAGUGGAGAACAACAAACACGUGGAGACAUUAGACGACGGGCAGUUGCGCGCGCUGCUGGAUGAGGCCAUCACCUACAAGUGCCCCAAGGACCGCGAGGGCAAAAGCAGUCUGUUCAAGGAGCUCCUCGAGGAAGUGGAGCAGGACGAACAGGACGAACAGGCGUGCGAGGCGGCGGCGCGGCUCGGCGGCGGGCGCGCGCGGCGCGGCGGCGGGCGCGGGCGGCGCGCGCUGCCGCACUCCAACUCGCUGCAGGACCUCGUGGCCGCGCUGGCGGCCGAGCCGGCCCCGCGCCGCGCCCGCCACAGCCACCACCCGCCCGCCUCCGUGUCCGCGCGCGCCAUACACGGCGGCAGCCUGCCCUCCGGCGUCGACACCUCGUUUCUUCUAAGCGAAGAGCCGAUGCGCGGCGCGGUGGCGAGCACGGUGGGCGGCGCGGAGUACGUGGCGACGGUGCGCUGCGUCAACCCCAGCCCGCUGGCCGAGCGGCGCGUGUCCGCCAGCGACGCGCACUGCCCCGACACCGACGCGCUCAACAGGCGGAGCAAGCCGGUGUUCCCGAUGUACACGGCGCGCGCGACGCUGGAGAUCGGCAGCGGCAGCGUGUGCUCGGGCCGCGCGGUCACCACCACCACCGCCUCCAACCAGGUGCGUACCCCCCCUCCCCACACACCAGGUAACACCCCCCGACCGCGCGGCCCGGAGCCGGCCCGCCGUGUCACGCCACUCACGGCUAGAGGGAGGAGCGCCCGCCCCCCGGACCCCGCCGGAGACAGAGAUAGAAGCUUCUGGCACAAUGCGUGUGUCGACAAAUGGUAUCGAGGUCUCGAGGCUUACAAUGCACCGCUGGAUCGCCUGAGCGGCGCUAUGCUCAACAGCAAAGACUUCUAUAAAAACGAACAAAUCGACGAUUACUAUCAAAACUCGCCACAUCGAAGUCCUGUCAAAUUGCCUAAAAAUUCUAUCGUCACGUCGCGCCUUACUUUAGUAUCUAAAGAUAAAUACAUUCCGAUAGCUAGUGAAAACCCUUAUGAAACAAAAAAAUAUUCGGAUAUAUAUCAUGACAUACCUAAAAUGUUAGAUGUAAAAGAUGUUGAGGAAGCUAUGGCUAGAGAAGCAUAUCGCGAGCGUGUGGGAAAAGACUUAGUCGCGCCGUCUUUAGUAUCUUGUAAUCCUAAGAAUGUUAGGAGUAUGUCGAUAGGCCCAUCUUUGCACGUUAAUAUCGAUAAAAGUUAUCAAAACCCAGGCACUAGUGACGCCCGCGAUAAAAAUAAAGAUAAAUCUAAUCGUAAUACGCGUAAUAGAAAUGAACGCUAUGCGAAUGUCAAUGCCGUCACUGAUAAACCUGCACCGGCCAAGCCCGAUAGUAGUAAACCUGAUAAACGAAGUAAAAUGAAUCAUAGUGGAACUAGUAGUGCAGGGAAAACUAGGUCAUCUUCGCCUCGGACACUAAAAUCCGAAGUUAAUCGUAACUCAUCAGAACGAAAUAAUAUUGAGGAUAAAAGUAACAAGGAAAAUGACCAGGAAAAGCCUCAGAUGGAAAAAACACAACUAGAACAAGAUACAGACCUUGUUAUUAUGAAAGAUAAUUUUCAAAAUAAUAUUGAAGUAACUAAGAUAGAAAAGUCUGAAGAGAAAGAAAACCUUAUAAUAGAAAACGCUGAAGUGAAAGAACACCCUACAAUAGAGGACAAUAAAGACAUUAAAGACGUUGAAUUGGGAACAAAACAGAUAACUCAAAAGAGCUUCUUUGAUUUUGUUGAAAUGGUGGCUGAUGAAGAAAAUCAGCGCAACGCUAACGAAGACAACAAUAGUUUCGUUGAAAUGAUUAUGACAAAAGACGAAUCUCGAACUGACGCAGAUAAUACUAAACCUGAAGUCGAACACACAAAUGUUGAAAUGGUUCCAAUGCAAAGUUCUCCUGAAACUGAAAACUCAAAUGAAUUUUCACUAUUCAUGGCGAAUCAACAGCGAUUACUUCGAGCUAUAGAAUCAAACAACUCCCAUUAUGAGCAUAACAACGAGACUUCCAUUCUCGAAACAGAAACUUCUAACAAUACUGAACAACCAGAAGACCAAGACAUGCCAAAAGUUGAAACACCAAUCAUAAAUCCAUUUAUACUAACAGUUGAAAGAGCGCUUAAUCCAGUCUCUGAAAUGGACUGCUUUGAUGACAAGGACUCUGAAACUAGCGGCACAGAAAUGGUGGACAUGAGGCGGGCCAGAACAUCCGAGUACGCGCAGGACCUGCCGGUCAACGCUUCCUAUUUCCUAACGCUUUACAAACGCUUACUCACAUCCCCCAGUAACAUAGAUAACACCGUAGACAUUAAACCCAGCGAGGCCAAGCCGCCGCUCGUCGCCCUAGACUCCACGGCCAAGCUGCCAAAGAAGAAAAAAGACAAAAUAACCGCCCGCCUCGCCAGAAAGCCGCACAACGAGAACUCGAACAGGAAGAAAGACAUCAUUAGAAACGCGCUUAAAAAGCUUUUUUUCGAUAACAUAACGCAAAGCGAUAGUACAAAGCUGCCCAGCAAAGCUACCACAAAAGAGGUCGAUUCCGCUAUACCGUUUAGUUGCAUCACCAGCCCGGAGGUGGUGGCGAGCUGCACGACCACGGCGUCGGCGCAGGCGGCGGUGCCCGUCGACCCAAAGGUGACUCAUCCCGCGUACCUUCACACACAUUUACCACACUAUUUGCGAACAUUCCGUGUUUCUUUCCAUAUAUUUCUUCCCGUCAUCAUAGCUUUGUACAGUUUGUACCAUGGAGCAGCUUUUUUAUCAACUAAUAUUCGGAAAAAACUUGAUAGAAAAUUGUAUUUCUACACCAUUCCGCUGCAGCUCCGCUCGAGCUACCGCGCCGUGGCGAGCGUGACGGGCGCCUGCGAGCUGCGGCCCGCGCCCCGCGCCGCCCCCCGACACCAGCCGGCGCGCAGCAUGACGGCGUCCACGUUCAACGGCGUACCGCUGCCGCGCGCCGGGCCGCACUUCACCACCGCCGCCGCCGAGCUCGAGUUUAAACAGAAAUCUUUGGACGAGAACGGCAACUCAGUACAGGGAUUCAGCUCGCCCCAAUCGGGCUCUAGUCAACAGAAGAAGCAGCGGAGAAAAAAGUCUUCUAAAAACGAGACCGUCAUCAAGUCGCACCACAUCGACGGCUACCAGGGCAACAAGGACUUGAACGAGGUGCUCCGGUUUAUAGAGUCCAACGAGCCGGAGCGCCCCAAACGACACGACGACAAGAAGAAAAGGUCCGCCGAGAGGCGCAAAGAUAAACAACCCCGAGCGUCGAGCCUCGACGACCUGUCCCGCGCCGCGCCGCCGCCCGCGCGCCCCGCGCGCCCCGCGCAGCCCGCGCCCAAGCCGGAGCGCCGCUCCUGGGGCGACGAGCGCCAGCCCUUCUACUUCCGCGACCCCAACCCCGAGCCCGACCCGGAGCUGACGGACUUCCAGACGGUCACCAAGAAGCGCAAGCCGCGCCGCCGCGCCGACGAGCCCUCGCCGCGCCCGCCGCGCCGCGCGCCCUCGCCGCGCUCGCCGCCCUCGCCGCGCGCGCGCUCGGACCGCUCCAACGACUCCAACGACGACCUGGACUCCGUGCACUCGCUGCCGGCGCUGCCGUGCCGGCCCGCGCCGCCGGCCAGCUACGCGGACAUCGCGCGCACCAAGCACAACAUCCCCGACCUCAUCGAGAGCUGCAACUACUACGGCGAGGGCGCGCCCGACCAGCCCGCGCUGCCCGAGCCCGCGCCGGCGCCGGGGGACGCCGAUGGCUAUCCGGCGCUGGACCCGCGGCCGCGGCGCAGCAAGCCGCCCCCGGGGGUGCGGCCGCGCAAGGAGGAGCGGCGCGAGGAGCCGGCGCCGGACGUGGUGGCGUCGCGGCCGCCCGUCAUCCUGCUGGACUCGGCGGCGCGGCCGCGCGACAUGGACGGCGUCACCUUCGGCUUCGACAUCGACGAGCGCCUGCUGGGCGCGCGCCGCUGCGACCUGCUCGCCUGCGAGCCCGUGCCCGUGCGAGCUGGCAACGCCGCGCUGCGCUACGUGCAGCCCGCGCCGCCCGCCGAGCUCACGCAUCUGCACCAGAUCGUCGACUACGUGGGGACAGCAUGGGAGGACGUGGUGCGGUGCAGUAGCGGCAAGGUCCGCUACUUCAGCGAGUGAGCGGCCGCGAGCGCCGAUAGCCGUCGUUAGUCAGAACAGAACUACUGGAACAGUCCCUAGAGGACGCGUGGGCAGUGCAGUGUAGUGCAGUGACAGUGUAGUGCGGGUUGCAAACCCCGGCCGCACAGCGGCCCAGUCCAACUUCGAGCGUAUAUUAAGUGUUUUCGCUGUGAUUUUAAAGUGACUCUAUUUUCGCUUGUAAAUAAGAUGUCCACGAUCUAUUCUGAGCAUUUAUUGCAUUAAAUUAGCACUCGAAAUGUGCCGGCGAUAGCGGAAUCGUUUGUUCGGGAGUUCGGGACCCCUUAGAUAGACUUGUUGAACUUCUGGGAAUGAUUGGCGGAGAGGGUCUCGGGACCAGGGGUGUUUCGUUUCAGUUGAGCGUUUGUUUCUGUUAUGUUUAUUAUUGUGCUUGAUUUUUGUUAUGUAAUCACAAAUAUUUGGUAGACUUUCUCUAACUAGCCACUGUAGAACUCACGACAGUCUGAUUUGUUAUGUAUUUUUAAGUUUCACCAUUUUAAAUUGUAAAUAAAAUAAAGAUCUUAUAAGGUGUAUCUAGCCAUAUAAAUUUAAAUGGAUCUUAUGUGAAAAAAAUAUAACAAUCUUAACCGAUAUAUAUAUAUUUAUAAAUGGAAGCUAACCUUAUUAUUGUGUUUGAAGGUUUGACCAAGCCGUGUAUUAAUCUAAUGAUACAUAUUGUACAUAGAGCCGAUGUUUGUUUGACGCAUGUCCGCACACUCGCCGCAUUUACGUUAACAGUGACGAUUGGAGUAGCUUUCUGUGGCGGCGAGCGAGUGUUAGCUUCGUCCUGCCGUGUCGGCGCCCGAGUGUCCGCCGUACUAGCCAUGCGCGUUAAAGUGCGUCCACAUCUGGCGAACGCGCCAGCUUAGUACUAUGCCCUGCGAUUCGCGAAUAGGGUUGCCAUGCGUCAGGAUUCUAACGUGUCAGGAUUUUUGAAUCUUUGUCAGGAUUGCGGGGGGACUUGGCGAGUGUCAGGGUUUUUACUGUUUUUAGCCACUAUAACUAACCACUAGCUAGCUGCUAAAGAUUUGGGCAGAGUAAACCGAAGGUUAUGAUGUAGCUAUUGUAGCUACAGCAUAUGGUGGCCAGUUAUGGGCCUAGUGGCCCACAAAAGGUUUUGGAAUAAGGAAUUAAUUUUGGGUGAUAUUUUUCAUAUGGCAACCUUAUUCGUUUACGGCGCUGUCGCCGGGUCUGUGCGCACCCGUAGAUGAUAAUCGUUUUAUGUUUGUUCCUAUAGGUCAUAACUGUCGCAGGGUUAUUGCUACGAGCCCUAGUCUAGUCUGACGGUGUUUGAUAUUCACCGACAUUCCGAUAUGGUUGUAUCGUGAUAUGGCGAGGCAUAUCAGAUGAGAACUAUCAUAGUAUGUAUAACCAGGGGGAGUGAGGUUUGAUUGUUAUCUAGUUGGUCAUCACCCAUCUCUUUCCACAAGAAUACUAGGUAACUGCUUUAAAAGCUCCGCGAUUAAAUUUCUGCGUACUUUGACCCAACUUUGAUUUGAAUAGAGUCAACGAAACCGACUGAUAUUAUUUAUACUAAGCUUGGCUGUGCUUAUAAAAUAUCGGAUAUCGCUGCAGAACAGGAAAUGUUACAUAAAUGUAUAAUGUAAAAAUAAAUACAAAUUUUAGGGACGUUCUGCUGUACAAUAAUUUAUAACGCAUGAUAAGAUUGAGCUUAAUACUUCAUAACGUGUAAGGCAAUGAUUAAAAUUAUUAAGAUUCAUAAAAUGGGGAAUGAUUUAUAGGUACAGUGUUUUGUUUUACUCUUGUGUAUUGUUGUGUACUUGUCACUCGUUGAGAUUUUCAAUAUGAAUACAAUGUGGGUAACACAGUUAAAUAGCCCUGCGACUCACUACGUUAAGACAUGCAAGAUAUGCAUUACGAUGUAACAUUUACCAAUAUCCCUUAGUAAAACGUUGUUUGUAGCGUUUUCAGGUAAAAGGUGGUUUGUCUUAGAUUGUCAAAAGGGCUCUACUAGUAUGAAAAUGCAGUUAGGAAACACAAGGGUACCUUUUGCCUGUGAACGUUACGUACGUAUGCCGUGAGACCGCAUUGCAGAAGCAUUACUAGUACUUCACUUCAUGAGUAGGAUAUAUAUGUAAUAUUCAGAUGUGUAGUCCUAUUAAAUGUAAACACGAACGGCCACUACCAUACUGUAAAGUGUAAAUACGUGGCGGGGUCUGUUGUUUUAAUGAGGUAUAAGUUUUCUGGAAGCACUUUGUUGAGAUUUAAAUAUGUACUGAAAGGACGCUCAUAUCAAAGGUAUAGAAAUAUUAUUUAUUAUUUCUUUCCCUUGUAAAAUAUGUAAAUAGAUGUGCAGAAAAAUAUUGGAUUUAUGUUUAGUGCAUAUUAGAUAUUGUAGGUGAAAGAUCUCUGGGUUCGGAUGUUGUGACAAUAUUAAAGGCGAGCGACCAGUUUGUUAAUGCAUAUCGGAAUUGCUCAAGUUCACACAAAAUGAUAGCCGGAUUUGAUUAAAUGUCAAAUCAGUGUAAUAAAUAUUGAGGACUUGAAUAAUUUUAAUGUGCAUCGACGUAAGUAGUUGUAUAGUAACGCCCGGGGCCACUGAUGGCUGUAUCGAACCAAACGAGCGUUUCGUACCACAGUGUGAUGGCUCAUUAUUGUAUAGGUAUAGUCAAUGCUUAUAAUAUUAUUCUGUGUGGAAGCGUUCGCAGCGAGUUCGGAAAAUGAACGAUAUCAAAUAGUCUGGUUACUUAGAAGGAGGAUUGAGUCCAAAAAGAUAUUACGUGGCAACACUGAUUUAUUGUGUAAGCAAUAUGUUGCCACGUAAUCUUUUUGGUAUUUAAAUGUUAGUAGCAGGGCAUCGCGCGCGCAGUGCGUGUAGAUACUAUUGCCUGUUUGAUACAGAAGAGUAAAUGCGUACUUGCACUCUACUUUCUUUAAACUUAUAAAGCUUAUUGUUCUAUGCGAAACGCCUCGAGAUCUUAAUACGUUUACUUACUGCUGUGUAAAGGAAGAAUGGAUGAGCUAAAUUAAAAUUAUAUCGGAGCUGAAAAUAAAUGUAAUUAUUUUUUUUAGGAAUUGGAGUGAUAAUUACUUAGGAAAGAAAGCUAUUUGGCAAUGUGUAAAUGUAUAAAUUAAUGUUGCUAUGUAAGUCUACGAGUGUCUCCUUGCCUGAGUCUUAGUUUUCCCAAAGACGAUUUCAUAUUUUGGUUUAAAAAUAUACCAUUGGAUAUUAUAUCUGUGGCCAUAACUUUGUUUGUAACUUCCCUGUAUUCAGGCAAAGAGACAAUUGAUCUGUAACAUAAUAUCUAUCAAUAUGAGGAAUUAUUUAUCUGCUUUUUACAUCUAACUCUUAAUUCUGCGUUUUUUCUCUGCUCAUGUUCGUUUGCCAAAGGAACUAGGCUGGUUUGCAAGACGAAUCCUAUUUCUUUUUCAAGGUUUUAAAAUUGUGUUAUUGUUUGUAAUAACUCUAAUGAUAAGUAUGUUUAUUUAUUGCAGUUUUCAAUUCGCAUAGGGCUAUACAGCCACGAACGCAAGUGUCGUUACCGGGAUGCUGCUUAAAACAUCUGACACAGAUGAAAAGGCCAAUUAGCUGUUUCAUAAUUUGAUAUUCUGUGCUUUGACCUGAGAAACACUAGUAGGUAACUUUUAGUUGUAAGAGGAAGGCGCCUCUGCUCUUCGCUAUUUUAACCAUAAUGUGUGUUACAACCCUGUAACAGUUAAUUUUAGAACUAUUAAACAUUCAGGAGGAACAAUUCACUCGCUCCUAUUGUUACACAUGUCAAGGAAUAACAUUGGUGGUUUUUUAUCAUGGUCUAGUAAGGCGUUGUGAUGCUAAUUUAAAUAAUUUGUAACCCAUAUAUAACCUAUAUUAAUAAAAAACAACCCUUUUCGACGACAGUUAUAACACGUAGUAAUCUUUAGUGAGAUUUGUCGAUUGUUAUUAAAUAAUGUAAAAACAAAAUUUAAGACAAUAUUUUCUUUGUAGUAUUUUCGCGACAUAUUUAAACAUGAGCAGGGCAAAACUGGAGAUAGUUUAACUGUAAAAGAUUUGUUUAUAUAAACGGUAUUGUAACCAGCUGCAAUUUACAGUUAUGUACUUUUUCACUGUUUCCGUUUUCUUAAUAAAAAUGUUGAAAAUAU